AAAGCGCGACUACGCAUCGCAAGAACCUGGGUUGGUGUGUAGGGUUAACAUAAAAGGGGGUGUGGUUUAGAUCAAUAACUAACCGAGUCUGCUGUACAUUCAAAACACUGUCACGGCACUCACGCAGGUUAUACAUCGGAUAACACCGUCGGAAUAUAUUCUGAACAAAUACUGGGAAUUUCGACUGGCUUCUGGAGAGGAAAAUACAUGUGCGUGUUGCCAUUAUAAACGCGCAUUUGUUAGCCCCGAGUGAUACCAGACGGACUUCAUACUGUUGCUCGUCUAGGCGCAUCUAUCAAAGGCAACGUGAGUUGGAGACAAUAGUCAGUGCUGACCCAUACCUGAAACCACACCGGACCGGAGGGUCAUGACAUACAGCGGACACCGUCAGAGCAGCGAUGUGAUGUGGUGGUGUGGAAUUUAAAAUAGCCAGUUUUAACUAUCGACGGCUUAGCAAGGACUGAACUGCUUCUCUUAAAAUCACUGAGUCCGUUUAGGGACUGCGACUACCUUACAUAACAGGAUUUUGCCAGAGACAAGGAAUACCUUUGCUUCAGACUGUUUCGGAUUAUUCAGUUGACAGCCCCACAAGACUUAAAAGAACUUCAGUGAUCUUAUUGGACUUUUUGCAUAUUUGCAUGAACUCCAGACUAAAGUGCUAACACAGUCAAACUGCUGCAAGGGAGGAAAAGUAAGAUUUUUGUGGUCAGAGAAAUGAAAAACUAGUCAAUGGAGUCUUGGUUCUCUCAGCCAUUAGACCCUAUGCAGUGAGUCCACCUAUCCUGAAUCUGCUGCAUAUGAGGCAUGCUUCCUCCAUAAAUGCCUGAGGUGGUUUCAUAUGUGUCAAAAUGCAGAACGACUGUGUUUCUUCCAACAUGUCGGCUCAAAGUCUGAACUUUGACCAAGGGAGUGUGAAUGUCGCUUUGCAAGGCCCAAACACAUUCACAGUGGAAGCUGACGUCAUCUUUCAUGCAGCAAGCCCUGACUCUCCUGGUACAUCAAUCAACUCUGUGGAAAAAAAUCAAGGAGUUUCUGAAGCAGCAUAUGCAGCCUCUGACAUGGAAUUACUGCGAGACGAGCAAAGUCUGCAUCAACAGUGGACAGAAUGGGACACAAAUGUGCCAGAGGAUCAGAUGGGGAGCUCAGUGAUCGGUUUAUUGGUGGGAGACUGUAUGCUGGACGGCGGGUCCAGAGACAGUGGUUUUCAGGAUCAUGUCCAGCCACUGGACACAUCUAAAGCACAAGAGCUCAACCCCGAGAGAGACCACCACAACUCUCUCCACAAAAACGGCAUAAAGGAGGAGAGCAACGGCGCCAGGCCAAAGGUUCCCUGCAGCCUCGGACCCUGCUUCAAAAGUGAGACUAAAGACGAACUGGACAACUCCUCCCUGUUCGGAGCGGGCAAUGCUGUGAGAAGUCACUGUCAGAUGCAGAAUGUCAGCUCUGUUCCAGAGGAGCCACUGUUGACAUCACGUGACCUGGGCAAUAUGAUUAACAUGUCGCAUCUCACGCAGAACAAUAGUGUCCAUGGACACCCAGAGCUGACCGAGGGAAGUACAGGAAAUGUCAAAGGAGACCCUUCAUCGAAGGAAAACCCUGACUUAGUCAUUGAAGUGGGCGGGCAAAAGAUCCAAGCACAUAAAUCGGUUUUAGCCGAGAAAAGUGACUAUUUCAAGGCCCGUCUCUCCCGGGACAUUCUUAAAGUGAAAGGCGUCAACUACAAGACUUUGACUACUUUGAUAGACUAUGUUUACACAUCGCAAAUGAAUGUAACUAAGGACAAUGUGGUGGAUGUCAUUACUGGAGCCAAGAUCCUACAGAUCCCUUGUGCCGUGCAAGCUGCGAUGGAUACAAUGUCGCAACAGAUCACCACAGAGAACUGCUACGAGAUUUUAAGCAUAGCUAAGAAGCAGAGACUGAGUGAGCUGAAGGAGACAGCCUACCGGUUCAUGAGUGAUCAUUUCCUGCAAGUGCUGAAGGAUCCUGCCGUCUAUGGCCGUCUGACAGGGUCGGAGAGGGAUCUCAUCCUGAGGACGAGAAUGGACGGUAAGAAGUCUCUUAUGGUGGCCGAGAUCAACGACGUCUUUGACCGUGUCAGCAGUCGUCCCCAGAGUCGGAAUAACAGCCGCCCGCAGAGCCCUCUGUCCGUGGCCUCCUUCGAGGAAAAUCACAUGAUCUAUUAUUACAGUGAGAGCACAAAAGACUGGCGGGCGCUGACUCUGAUGCCCGAGGAAAUAAACACAAAGGGCUGUGGAAUUUGCACAAUGUACAACUACCUUUUCGUGGCUGGGGGUAUCAAGGGCUACGGUGACAAAGGCAAAGUCUCUGACAAAGUGUUCUGUUACAACCCUAUCACCGACCGCUGGAGUGAGGUGCGUCCCAUGAACCAAGCACGCUCACAGCUCAAGCUGGUAUCUGUGGAUGGCUACCUGUACGCUAUUGGUGGCGAGUGCUUAUUCACUGUGGAGAAAUAUGACCCCCGGAUGGACAGGUGGACCACUGUGGCGCCUCUUCCCAAAGGAGCCUUUGCCGUAGCCCACGAGGCCACCACCUGCAAUGGAGAGCUGUAUGUAUCCGGAGGCUCUCUGUUCUACCGCCUCCUGAGGUAUGACCCCAAAAGGGACGAAUGGCAAGAAUGCCCUUACAACAACAGUAGGAAGCGCUCCACCGACAUGGUGGCACUCAAGAGCUUCAUCUACAGGUUUGACAUCAACAGGGAGCAAGGGGUGAACGUCUUCAAGUACAACACCAUUGUGAAGAUGUGGCACGACUGCUCCUCUCUCCAGCAGAGCAGCCCCCAGCCCUUCAGGUGUGCUGUCAUUGGUAACUGCAUCUACUGUGUCAACAAGUCCCAGACUCUGCAGUUUGUGGUGGAGGAGGAAAAUGCACAAUUUGUGGAGGAACCGCUGAAGGCACCAAUCGAGGCAAAGGGCAUAUUGUUUCCAUUCAUCUUGAGUUUGCCCGAGCGGGGGAAAGAAACAUGUAAUUAGACCAUUUCUCUUCCACAUCUCACAACUGACAAAAAACUGGAAUGGAGAAAAAGCAUGAUUAAAUCAUUUAAGCUUUACUUUUCGUGGAGUUUGACAUGCCCGGUUUAACUGCUCGAAAAUAGAAUGUCUCUUUGCAUGGUGGGAGGAAAAUGUUUUACAAGGGCGCCUUAAAAGGACAAUGUUUUGUAACAAAGUCAAGAAGCAACAUCACUUACAUAAUCCUUUUACUAUUUUCUUUUCCUGUGUACUGUCUGUUUUGUGCACUUGGGUGAUUUUUGUGAUUGUUGUUAAAAAUAGAUGUUUUGAGAACAUUUAAGUAUUGCUAAUGGCAAGAAACCUGAAGUCGUUGCCCAUUGUUGAAAAUAGCACAUCAAAACUACAAAGCCUAUCCAUUGUGCAAAUACAGGUCCUAUGCAAAUUGUAGUUUGGGGUUGUAAUCCCAGAUAAAUCUGGUCAAACUCAACAAAUUGCUUCUUUGGUCCUCCAGCUGUCUGUUUGAUGUUACCACUAACAAAAAGUCCUGGCUCUGUAAAUGGGCAACAACACAGUGGCUCAAACAGAGCUGUAAACAAUCCCAGCCAAUUAACGCAGUGCUUCAGGAGCAUGGAAGGGAUGGGGGUCAUUUGAUUGGCUGUUGCACUCAAAUGUCAACAACUUUUCGUGCAACUGAGUCACAGACUGCACCUUUAACUGUUUAGGUGUAUGAGCAGCUACAGUACAUCAAAGCCCUCUUCAAAUAAAAGACAAUUACUAUUAUAUUAGAAGUAAGUAUGAUUUUACUAUAAUGGACAAUAAAUACUAUUUGGAGAGGAAAUCUAUGGAAGUAUUACCACACAUAUUGAUUUCAACAAAAAGGCAUACCUGAACUUAUUCUCAGUUGAUAAAAUAUUUCAAAAAUAGUAAAUAUGCUAGUUGUGAGCACAAUGUGUGCAUUGACUGUGGACAGGUAUAAUUCAGAAGUGACAAUGAUAAGUAAUUUGAAUAAUAUGUAGUCAAAGGGAUCAUCAUUCCUGGCUCCUUUAAGUGUAAUCUCAAAACAUUGCCAAAGACAAUUUAAAUAUGGAGGGUUUUGCUAACAUCAGGUGGCUUUUGAGUAGAGUCAGUCUAAGGCACAUUUGGAAAAUUCCUUCAAGGUGAGUGCACUCAGUAUUCUGACAGUGACGCAGGCAAACAAGCGAAACACUAUUCCAUCUCCAUACAUAUGACACUGUCUAAGCAAUAACACAGCUCUAAUCAGGUUGGUACCACUUGCUGCUAUUGUGCGGAGCAGAACAGACCCCGAUGGUGGUGGCAGUGUGUUGCUAUAGGAACUGUGAGAGCAUGGUCAACCGCUAGACAGAGGGGCUUUUAUAUGAAGAAUGUGAACUGGGCUAGCACAUGGUCUGCUUUUUUCUGUCAAUGUACGGCGACUGUUGAACUCUCCCUGCCUUUGUCAAAUUAAGAGACACUUCCCCAGUCUGGAAUAGGAUCUCUGGGCACUAAGAUUUAUCUUUUUUUUUUGUUUCCGUUAUUUAGCAGUCAGUAAUAACAGAAUGUUUACUGUACUUUUGACCUACAACCUCCACACAAACUGGAAUCGUUAUGAUAGACUUUAGUUCUAAAUGCAUCUGAUAGAUUUUAUCAAUAGAGUAUCGACGGCACUUUCCACUACCCUUCUGACAGAUUUUGUAUUGUGUUUGUAUGCCAAAUCCCUUUGAACUUGUUGCACUUACAGAAUGGAAUACCAUUAGCAGUCAACUGUCUCCCCUUCCUAUGAGUUGUUUGUUUUGUAAUAUUAAUAAGACUUCGAUGAUGUCUUCAGAGCAACUGAAGCACAGAGGGACAAGAUAGAAGUCUCGAAAAAAGCCGUUUUGCAUUGACGAUAUGGAUGUGGUUUGCUAAAUGUAUUUGUUUGGUAUGUUGCUGGCUGGCUGGCUUCAUUAUAUUACAAGACUAUUAAGAGGAAUGAAUUUAGGUGUGCUGUUGAAGUGAAUGGCUUGACAAGGUUUUCAUUUUGUGGUCCAAGGCUUUCUAACAAACUAAUGUUACUCUAAUAGCUAAACGAACCAUUUCAAUGAUAAAUCAGAACAGAGAAUAAAAUAUUCAAAAUGAA